AUGGGCGCUAUUAUGACAGAAUUGUCAACUGGACAAAGGCCUUUUUACGGUUAUCCGUUCGACUCUAUACUUGUGUUGGAUAUUUGUAGAGGAUUACGACCUGAAUUUUCUGAAAAAACACCCGAAUGUUAUAUUAAAUUAGCAAAGCAAUGUAUGGAUUCUGAUCCAAAUAACCGACCUAGUGCUAAAGAUAUUAGCUCAAAACUUUCAGAACGGCGCAUGAUUAUAACGAAUCCCUCAAUAUCUUAUAUUCUGCUAAUGAAGAAAUCAAAACAGUAUCGAAGUUCAAUGUAUACUAGUAGAUUAAUAAACACUGAAGAGAUUAAGAUAGCACAUGAAUCAGCUAAAUUCAGAGAUUCAAAAAUGCACGAUCUAGAUGAUUCUCAAGACGAGAUUCCUAUUGGCUCAGUUUUUCAAAUUGAUUUAUCAAAUCGAACUAGCUGGGUGUGGGAGUUUUUUAGUCUUGAAAUUCGAAAAGAAGAUAAUGGAGAAUGGGGAAGGUUUGCUGUUUCUGAUCAUGAAGUAACGAAAGAUAAUCCACAUCCAAAAGAG